CGUCAUCAUGAAUAAAUCUUAAAGAUAUCUCAAAUUUUCUAAAAUCAUGAAAUACGUUAUACUAGUGCCGAAUCAACAGUCCUAAAAUUACCAUAAAAAAAAACUUAACGAUACGUCGAAUUAUCUAAAAUCGUGAUUGAUAUCAUACAAGUGGCGUUUGAAAUGUCCUUAAAGUGUCCUAAAAUUGUCAUAAAAGUGUUCUAAAAUUGUGAAAAAAGUAUACUUUUUACAAUAUUUUUCUAAAAUCUGAAUUUGAUUUCGUGUGUGCCCUUUUAUCAUGGAUUUUGUGUGUGUUUAUUCGACAUUCGGAUCAAUUGUCGUGAGGAUAAAUUAUCGGGUGGAUCACUUAUCAUGCGGAUCAAUUGUCCGUGGAUCAAUUGUCGCGGAUCAACGGUCGUGUCUCCUAAUCUCUGACAUCUAAAUAAAUAAUAAAAAUUAAGAAAUCUCAGAUCUUUUCCGCGUGAUUUUUUUUCCGAAUAAACAUAAAAAAAUGAAUGAUAUAUCUAGAUUAAAAUAUGAUAAGACUUAGUCACAGAAAAUAAAUACCGAUAAGAAUUAUCUCACGAUGGGAGUCAAAAAGGAAUGAGUUCAGUUUUUAGUUACAGUUGUACCAGUUAACAUCAAGAUUUGUAAAAUGAGUGUUUAUUAUUUUUCUGUUUUUGUUUUGCUACCAAUUGUUUGUCCUCAAGAUCUGGAAGAAAUGAGUUUGGGACCAGCUAAUACUUUGAAAAUUGGUGAAAGUUGUCUUAGAGAUUAUCAGUGUAUUAAAAAUGCGUUUUGCCGAUCACAAAGAACUUGUAUGUGCGAUCCGCCAUAUACUCCGAAUAUUGAGGGUACUGUUUGUCAUGCAGCUGCAGGAACAAACUGUGGUCCACAAAUUGAAGAUUGUUCCACAAUGUCAAAUUCUGAAUGCAUCCAAGGUGUCUGUGCUUGCAAAGAUAAUUAUUUUCUCGACAUCAAUAACUCUUCGAACUGUAUAAUAAGACCAUCGCGGGUCGAUGACGCUUGUCAGCGCACAGACGAAUGUGCAGACGCAUUAGACGGUGCAUUGUGCGUCAACAAUAAAUGCAAAUGCUACGGAAAUUUCAUAUUUGUAAAUCAGACUGGAAAAUGUAUCCAAACUGUUGGAAUUUUCAUGCCGUGUAAACACAAUUAUCAGUGUUAUGAAAAAGAUAAACCUGAUGGACUCAUUUGUACUGACGGAGAAUGUGCUUACAAACAUAAUGGAGGGACAUUGAAUUUUCCUGUAUAUUUUUUAACUGGCGCUCUAGUUUCUUCUCUUUAUUUUUUAUGA